CCGCUCUCAGUGUCCACCCGUCGGGCAAACUGAUGCUCUCCGUGUCCACCGAUAAGACUCUUCGCACGUGGAAUCUGAUCAAAGGCCGGUGCGCUUACGUGACCAACAUUAAGGCCGUCGCUCACAUUGUCCAGUGGUCGCCCUCUUCAGCGCUGUUCGCUGUCGUGAUCGACAAACGCGUCGAUAUCUACGAUAUCGCCACCGGAGGUGUUGUUCAUGCCAUUGAUUACGGCAAACGAGUCAAUAGUAUUGUGUUUCUCAAUAAUGAUGUGAUAGCCAUCGGCGGUGACUCCAAUGACAUCCACUUGUAUGACAUACCGAACAAACACACUAUCCAUACGUUUACGGCUCACGAAAAUCGGGUGAAAGCGUUGCAAAAGACGACAACACAUGCGGACAUCACUGGCGACAAAGUGUGGCUCAUUUCGGUCUCGAGUGACAGCUAUAUUAAAGUCUGGGAACUGGACUUAACUGAGCUGAAACGUGAGCCAAAGCUGAUCGCAUCGGUGGACACGACGUGUCGGCCCACCUGUAUGUCUGUCCGGACGUUCGUCGACAGCAGCGCCGACGAGAAUAGUAGCCAACCGUCGGCCGCAUUGACGGCCACCGCAGCGGAUGUCGUGUCCGAUGAGAACGCAAAGACAUCGUCGAAGAAGAGGAAGAAUAAGUCCAAAGAGAAAGCGAAUAAAAAGGUUUAGAUUAUUAUUGAAAGAAUUUUUUGACGAUUUAAUCAUUUAAUUGAAUAAAAU